AUGUCCGAAUCAUCCUCCAACGAUAGCUCCACCCACCGCGACAGCGAUCUAUCAGAUAUGAGCGAACGAUCUUCCGUUUCCUUUGGAACCGUCGAGUUCCACGAACAUGCCAUUGUUUUGGGAGACAAUCCUUCGACAAGUUCUGGCCCUUCUCUGGAAAUUGAUUGGGACGUUCAAAACAAUCUCACAUUGCCAGUGGACGAUUACGAAUCCCAUCGCAUGCCACGAAGAUCCAAAGAUCAACUCAUCAUGCCGAUGCAAAUGCGAACCGACAUGUUGUUGGAUCAAGGAUACUCAUUGCGAGAGAUUCGAGAAACCUCGGCCAAGCGAAGAGACUCGUCGAAGGGUUUCGGUGGCGGUGCCAAGUCAAUGAUUCCCAAGAAGCUCUCCAAGUUGCUACCCACGAGGAGGCGGGGCAGCAAGACCAACUAA